UAAUGAGUCCGGGUUUUCACCACAGUCAGUAUAAACAUGGAUGUAGGUACUGUGACAUCACCUGUCUCCUGAAGUCAAGUCAACUUUAUUCAUACAACACCAAAUCACAGCAAUAGUUGCCUCAGGGGGAGUAGUCACAACACGUUAGCCAGUGAGCAUAUCCAGCAUAAUCCUCCUUCUGACACUUAGAAUAAAACGGACUAAAUGAUUUUCAUAUUUCAUACAGAAUGACUAGAAAAUGAGCACAAACUUACUGGGAACGUGUUUCCAGAGGGAUGUCUUCCUAUUACUUUCAACAGGAACUGAAAUGCUUUUGCACCCUCAGCUCUCACUGCUCAGUGGCCUUUCAGAAACAAUGCAUCUAUAAAGGACUUCCAUAUUGACUGACGCUCUUUUAGAAUCUGCCUCAAGUGGCCAUUAAUGGAAUUGCAGUUUUGGACACUGAAACACACACUGAAGCACACUGACUUCAUAUUGCUUCAUAUCCCUGAGGUUGCAGCUUGACCCAGACACAAAACACAUGAACACUGGAGAAAAAACAGACACACAAAGGAGCCUCACAAAUCACAGAUCACAGCAUAAUCAGUUUGUUGUGUUUUUGUGGACUUUUGAGCUGUGAGCUGAGCCUCUGCGGCUCACAGACAUAAAUUUAGACAAAAGUGAAAAUUAUUUUGGAAUUUGUGCUUUGCUCUGAAAGCAGAAUCGCCUUAUCAGCUGUGCCCGAGCUUCCUCCACCUGUCACCGGCUGAGACCGCAGGAAAUCCCAUUCCAGUGACUCCAGCGUCGCUGCCGCAGUUUCAAACGUCCCCGCGGGGAGAGCGUGUAAAUACUGUGUUGCCAGGUUGGACAGGAAUCCAUCUUUUAGCGGAAGACGCUCACCGUGCAGAGCUGUGCGCGUGCUCCUGCCGUGCAGGCAGCUUGAUGUGAGCGAUAAGAAGAACCGGAUCUGGUUUCCGUGAAGAGCGCAAGUAUCCUCUGGAACGGACUUCCAAACGCGGCAGCGCGGAGGGAUAAACGAGCCACGGACACGAGCGAAGCGCGUUUGUUUCCUGCGUGUGUCCGCGGCUGGACGGGCAGCAGGCUGACACGACUAUUUGUCGCACGUCAGCUGAUCGACGCUGCUCUUUCUGAAGGCCGAAGCCUCGGAUUUGGGAAAAUACGCACACGCGCUUCCUCCUUCCACCUUCACAGGAUCGGCGGCUGGCCUGACAUCAUUGGCUGGCAGUUAGGAAUGAAUCAUCGCCUUCCCCGGGGGGUUCGGGGAUGCUGUCGCUGUCAUAGCACCCAUAAAAUCCCUCGGACACGCUGACCCACCCUCUGCGCUCUGGUGUUUUAAAGCCGUCUCGUCUUUGAAGCCAGCAUGGAGGAAAUCUUGAGGAAGCUGCAGAAAGACGCGUCCGGCCACAAAUACAAAGGCAUCCGCGAUGCCUGCGUCUACGCCUGCGAAAUGCUUCAGUCUCAGAAUGGAUCAGCAAAGAUUUCUCCUUCACUGCUCCGAGAGCGCUGUCUGCUGCCUCUACAGAUGGCUCUGGAGUCGAAAAACACCAAACUGGGACAGACUGCACUUACUGGCAUGCAGAAACUCCUGUGUGAGGACAGGUUUGUGGGUGGAACUAGUGUGGAGGUGGAGGCACUGGAGAAACAGCUGCUCAGCCAGAUGUUGGAGGCUAUCAGAGUUACCCCAUCUCUCCAUGAAGACCUGCAGGUGGAAGUUAUGAAAGUCCUGCUCUGUAUCACCUACUCACCAAACUUUGACAUUAAUGGAGACUCCAUCCUCCGGAUUGCUGAGGUGUGCAUCGAGACCUACGUGUCCAGUUGUCACCAGCGUAGCAUCAACACGGCGGUGAGAGCCACGCUGAGCCAGAUAUUGGGAGACCUGACGCUACAGCUCCGCCACAGACAGGAGGGUGCAGAUGGAGACGAGGUGACUGCACCGCCACUGCAGAGAAGAGAUAUUUCUCCCACCAGCCAAGCUCUGUGUGAAGAUGUGGUCACGGUUCUGACCGUUUUCUGUGAAAAGUUGGAGUCAGUGGACAGUGAUAACCAGCUCCUGCAGCUACUCUACCUGGAGUGCAUCCUUUCUAUGCUCAGCAGCUGCCCUCCCACAAUGCACCUCUUCAGAGGUUUCACAGACCUCGUGUGGAAGCAGCUGUGCCCAUCCCUGGUGGCAAUCAUGGGCAAUCCCGUCAAUGACAAAACUAUUGCUUCCCACCACGGCUACUCAGCGGCGUCAGACCGAGACCGCCUCUCAGAGAGACUCAGUUUAGGAAUGGGCCAGGAGGUGGACUCCUCCUGCGGAGGACUGUCCGAUCAGGGCAGAGGUUCUGGCUGCUCCUCUAGCGCCCCUGCCAGGAUUGCACCGGUAGUGCGCACAGUUUGCUACAUUGCAGCGGAGCUGGUGCGUCUGGUGAGCUGCGUUGAGUCGAUGAAACCAGUGCUGCAGUCGCUCUACCACAGGAUCCUCCUCUACCCUCCUCCUCAGCACCGCACCGAGGCCAUCCGCAUCAUGAAGGAGAUUCUGGGCAGCCCCCAGCGGCUGUAUGACCUCGCCGGGCCCUGCAUGGCUGAGCCUGAGACCAGGAAGCGAUCAUUCUCAAAGAGGAAGUCCCACCUGGAUCUGCUCAGACUAGUGAUGGAUGGGAUGACAGAGGCUUGUAUGAAAGGAGGCAUCGAAGCAUGUUACUCCUCCGUCUCUUGUGCCUGUGCCCUUCUCAGCGCACUGGAUGAGCUGUCACAGGGCCGUGGCAUCCAGCCUGAGCAGGCUCGGCUUCUCCUCAGACGACUGGAUGAUCUGAAAGAUGGAACCGAGUCGACACGCGAGUCCAUGGAAAUCAACGAGGCCGACUUCAGGUGGCAGAGACACAUCCUGUCCUCAGAGCAACCUCCGUGGGACCCCAGCUCUUCUUCCUCUAAUGUGGCCACCACCAGCGCCACUGAGCGUAGCCCCGACAUCAGCAUCAGCAUCACCACGGAAACGGGCCAAACCACCCUGGAUUUAGAAGUGGGAGAGCUCGGCCUCGCUAUGGGCCACGCCAGUCCAGAGGAGUGUGGAGAGGACGCUCGGCUCCCUUCGCCUUCCUUCUGCGGUAAUCAGCAGGAAACCAAACACGAGCCGAUUCCCAGGCCCGACCAGGGAGGCCAGAAGGAGGAGGGAGGGGUGCCCACAGGGGAGGCGGAGGGAAGAGGAGAGAAGGAAAGAGGUGGAGGCGGAGAGAGAGGAGGUGCAGUUCCUCCAGAUGUGGUGCAGAGGAGUCACGCCCUCGUCUACCCCGACAUCACGAACUUCCUGUCGGUGGAAUCCAGGUCUAGGUCACACCAUGGAGGAGGGUCACGAUACAGCGAGAGCAACUUCAGCAUGGAGGAGCAGGACUUGUCACGGACAGAGUUUGACUCGUGCGAUCAGUACUCCAUGGCUGCCGAGAAAGACUCGGGGCGCUCUGAUGUGUCCGACAUCGGGUCCGACAACGUGUCGCUGGCCGAUGAGGACCAGCAGUUAUCCCGCGACUUCCCAGGUCACCGCUCCCUGCGCACUGCCGCCCUGUCCCUCAAACUGCUCCGCAACCAUGAGGCUGACCAGCAGAGCGCCCGACUGUUCGUGCAGUCUCUGGCUGGGCAGCUGCCCCGCCUGCUGGGGCUGUCCACUGCCACGGAGGUGGAUCUGUUGCUGCAGAACUUCUCUUCCACCUUCUGCUCUGGACUGCAGGCUGGCGGGAUUCACUCCCCAGGUUUUGAGACAGGCGACACUCUGAGCUGCCAGUAUCUGAUGAACGCAGACGGCCUUUACCUGGUGUCCUACUACGCUCUGCUGCUUAAUCUCAAACUCUGCUGCUGCGGCUACUACAAGCGGCGAACGCUCACGCCCGUCCUCAGCCUGAAGGAGUUUGUGCGUCUGAUCCAGAGCAGCGGCGUCCUCGUGGUUCUGUCUCAGGCCUGGAUCGAGGAGCUUUACCACCAGGUGUUGGAGCGGAACCUGCUGGCUGAGGCAGGAUUCUCGGGCUCGUCAGAGGACCACACACUGCCGCUUAUCACCAUGCUGACAGACAUUGAUGGCUUGGGCAGCAGUGCAAUCGGAGGUCAGCUGAUCCGGAGAGCGUCGAGCCAUGCGCCGCUCGGCUGUGAAAAGCCGUGCAGUGACACUGUGAUGGCAGGAGCUGUGUUCUCACGCUUCAUCCUCACCGGUGUUUGGAAAAACCUGAUCGAUGUCCUGUCCACACCGCUGACGGGUCGCAUGGCGGGCAGCUCCAAGGGCCUGGCCUUCAUCCUGGGAGCAGAGGGGGUCAAAGAGCAGAGCCAGAGGGAGAGAGACACCAUCUGCCUGAGUUUAGACGGCCUGCGUAAAGCUGCUGCGCUCAGCUGCGCCCUGGGUGUGGCUGCCAACUGUGCUUCAGCUUUAGCCCAGAUGGCUGCAGCCUCCUGUGUGCAGGAAGAGAAGGAGGAGAAGGAGGUGGGGGAGACGGGAGACGCUAUCGCACAAGUGAAACAGCGUGUUGAGCAGCGUCUGGAGCAGAUCGGCCGUCCUCAGGGAGUUCGCCUCCACACAGCUCAUGUGUUGUGCAUGGACGCCAUCCUGAACGUUGGCCUGGAGAUGGGCAGCCACAACCAUGACUGCUGGCCUCAUGUGUUCAGGGUGACCGAGUACAUCAGCUCACUGGAGCACACCCACUUCAGUGAUGGCUCUGCCCAGCCGUCCUCUCUGACCACGAUCACCCAGCAGAGCCAGCAGAUGGCUGGCAUCGACCUCGGGCUGGAGUUGAGCUGCGAACCCAGCCCCGAGGCCUCGGACCUGAGCCUGAGCCAGCCGGUCAUCCAGCCGCUUUCCAUCCAGGAGCUGCUGAAGGAGAGCGGCAGAGGGGGCCGGGGCCUGGACCUGAAGAGCGGCAGCCUGAUGACCGGCACCAGCGCCGCCAAGGCCGUGUGCACGCUGUCAACACAGGCCGACAGGUUAUUUGAAGAAGGGGCCACCAAACUAAACCUGGUUGGUCUGGUUGGUUUCCUGCAGCAGCUCAGAAAAGCUUCUCAGUCUCAGCUGUUUGACUCUCCCACUGAGACUGGAGACUAUUCACUGGCAAUGCCAGGAGAAGCCAAGUCGACGUUGGACCGGCGCAGCGCCCUCCAUCUCUUCCGUCUGGGUGAGGCCAUGCUGCGAAUCGUCCGGAAUAAGAACCGACCCCUUCUCCACAUGAUGAGGGCCUGGAGCGUGGUGGCGCCUCAUCUGGUGGAGGCUGCGUGUCACAAAGAGCGCCACGUAUCCCAGAAGGCCGUUUCCUUUAUCCAUGAUGUUCUCACAGAGGUGCUGACGAGCUGGGCGGAGCUUCCACACUUCCACUUUAACGAGGCACUGUUCAGGCCUUUCGAGCACAUCAUGCAGCUGGAGCUCUGUGACGAGGACGUUCAGGACCAGGUAAUAACAUCGAUAGGAGAGCUGGUGGAGAUGUGCUCUCCUCAGAUCCUGUCAGGGUGGAGGCCUCUGUUCAGCGCCCUCAGGACGGUGCACGGUAGCAAGACUGACACCAAAGACUACCUGCUGGGAGAAUACUCCAUGGGGAAGUCUCAGGCGCCGGUGUUCGACGUCUUUGAGGCGUUCAUAAACACCGACAACAUCCAAGUUUUUGCCAACGCUGCCACAGACUACAUCAUGUGUCUCAUGAAGUUUGUCAAAGGAUUAGGAGAGGUGGACUACAAAGAGAUUGGCGACUGCGUUCAUGCGUCAGGUUACAGCUCCACAGACCUCUGCCUGCCUGCUCUCGACUACCUCCGCAAAUGCUCGCAGCUGCUGGCAAAGAUUUACAAGAUGCCGUCUAAGCCGGUGUUCCUGGGUGCGCGGCUCGCCAGCCUGCCGAUGAGAUCGCAGGAACGCUCGAUCAGCAGCGAGGAUGGCAUGGACUGUGUCCUCCAGGAGUUUGAUGACGACACAGGUCUGAUCCAGGUGUGGAUUUUAUUACUGGAGCAGCUCACUGCAGCCGUGUCAAACUGCCCUCGACAGCACCAGCCUCCAACGCUGGAGCUGCUCUUCACUUUGCUCAGAGAAGUCACCGCAGUGCCAGGUCCAGGGUUUGGUAUCUUUGCUGUCAUUCAGCUGCUGCUUCCUGUGAUGUCACUGUGGCUGCAGCGUAGCCAUGGUGACCACUCUUAUUGGGAUGUGGCGGCAGCGAAUUUCAAACACGCAAUUGGCCUGUCCUGCGAGCUGGUGGUGGAGCACGUCAACAGUUUCAUACACUCAGAUAUUGGAUACGAGUCACUGAUCAACCACAUGCUGAAGGACCUCUUCAAGCUGCUGGUGGCUUGUGUGUCUGAACCUGCAGAGACCAUCUCCAGAGUGGGCUGUUCCUGCAUCAGGUACGUGUUGGUCACAGUGGGUCCAGUGUUCACAGAAGAAAUGUGGAGGUUGGCCUGCUGCGCUCUGCAGGACGCAUUCUCUGCCACGUUAGAGCCGGUCAAGAACCUUCUGGCGUGUUUUCACAGCGGCUCGGACAGCUUUUCUGGAGACGCCUGCGAGGUGAAGGUGGCGGCUCCUUCUCACUCACCGUCAGCCGAGGCCGAGUACUGGAGGAUCAAAGCUAUGGCCCAGCAGGUCUUUAUGUUGGACACUCAGUGCUCCCCUAAGACACCCAACAACAAGGAAGGCUUUGAGCACGCUCAGUCCUGCGUCCUCAUCAUCGAGCUGCCGUCUGACCAGCAGUCCAAUGGACACGCUCAGAAGAGGAAAAUUGGGAUCCCAUUCCGGACCAUCGUGGUGAGCCUGCUGUCCCACCAGGUUCUGCUCCAAAACCUCUCUGACAUCCUACUAGAAGAGUUUGUCAAGCAGCCUGAAGGUCACGAAAGGGUCACACCUGUGACCUCUGACCCCAGUAAACCCACAGCAGGCUUCCUGCGCUACAUCUCUAUGACGAAUUUAGCCAUAAUUCUGGAUCUGCUGCUGGACUCGUACAGGACGGCGCGGGACUUUGACACUCGGCCGGGUCUGAAGUACCUGCUGAUGAAGGUGUCGGGUGUUUGUGGAGCAGCCAAUCUUUACCGUCAGUCAGCCAUGAGCUUCAGCCUGUACUUCCAGGCCCUGCUGUGUGCCAUACUGAGCCAGGCAGACAGCAUGACUGCACAGCAGGUGGAAACCAGUCAAGUGAAGAGGAUCCUGUACGACGAAGAGGAGGGGAGCUCAGACUCCUCUCGUCCUGGUUCCGCCUCCUCGGAGGAUGAAGACAUAUUUGAAGAAACCGCACAGGUCAGCCCCCCUCGCGGCCGGGAUAAGCGCCACCCGUGGCGAGCUCCAGUCCCCUCGCUCAGUGUGCAGCCGCUGGGGAGCGCCGACUGGGCCUGGCUGGUCAAGCGGCUCUACAAGCUGUGCGUGGAUCUGUGCAACAGCUACAUUCAGAUGCACCGCGACCUGGAGAGCACGCUGGAGGAGACCGCUCUGCUGAGGGGAAGUGCAGGAGGAGACCAUGUGUUCUUCCUGCCUCUCUUCCAGUCCGAGACUUCGACCCCGACCUCAGCAGGCGGGCUUUCAGCGAGGGAGACGCCCUCAGAGGAAGGCGGGUACAGGUGUCAGACGACAGACGUGAGCUCAGCAUCACCGGGAGACACACCGACGCCAAGUCCAGGAUUCAGCUGCACAGGCAGUCUGUCCAGUCAGUUCCGGACUGGAUGUGAACGGAGGGACUCCAACAUAACAAGCAGCUCGGUUGGAGGGAUUCCUGGCAGUGCUGGUACGGGAAGGAGAAAGGAAUGGUGGGAAAGUGCUGGAAACAAGCUAUACACCAUCGCCACGGACAGAACGAUCAGCAAGCUGAUGAUGGAGUAUAAACGCAGGAAACAGCAGCAGCAGCAGCCGCAGCAAAGCCACGUCAACCUGUUCAUGAAAGAGCAGGGCCGGGCGGCGGCGGCAGGAGGAGGCGGCGGCAUCGGGGAGAGAAGGGGCCCAGUAGAGCCGCAGAGGCCCCCGCAGAGGCCCCAGCAGCUGGUGGACCAACAGGGGCCCUCUCUGAGGCACUCGGUUAGUGCGGGGCCGGAGGUGCUAAGGCAGGAGAAAAGGCCGCGGUCAGGGUCCACCAUCAGCUCCCACAGCAUCUCGCUGAGAGACUCCGAGGCUCAGAUACAGGCGUGGACCAACAUGGUCCUGACCCUCCUGAACCAGGUCCUCUUGCUGUCGGACUCCUCGUUCCUUGCGCUCCAGCCGGCGCUCUACCCCUGCCUCAGCCAGCUCUCCUGCCACGUGACCGAUGCCCGCGUUCGCCAGGCCCUGCGCGAGUGGCUGGGCCGGGUUGGCAGACUCUAUGACAUCAUUGUGUGAUGUCGCAGCGAGAAAAUGCGAAAGCAGCGGCCGGAGGCUGCAAAGUGUCGGUCAGUGAGGGACAUAAACAGAUGAAAUCCGAAAUGCUGCAGUAGAUUUUACGAGCUGAUGAAUGAUCGAUGGUCCUCGCCAACAUUUUGUUGUCAGGCAGUCAUUUAGUGACAUCAGUAUGAAGGAUGUGUUUCCUGAUGAAGGAUACAGUACAAGAAAUUAAAAUGUAAAAGGCUUCUCUAUAUUAUUUGAAAUGUUUCUUAGUAAAUGUGCCAUCUGUGCUCUUGUCACUCGGUUGAACUGUUUCCUAAACCCUGAACAGUGCAAAGAAACAAACAUGGAGCUCUUAAAUGUCAUCUAGGAGUUCUCAGUUUGUGAAGACAGACUAGCAGAAUCCUAAUUUUGAUCCAGCGUUGUCAUAAAGUCCCAACACACAGAGGCUUUUGAUGAUAAUUUCCUCACCCUCGUGCUUCAUUCGUGCCAGUGACUUCCAGGGGUUUUUGACACCCCAUGAAGAAGCAGCCAUGUUUACAUUCUUUGCAUUGUUGCAUCUUUUCAUACACUCGUCUCUAUAACCUCCAUCAUACUCUGUCAACACAUAAAUGUUGUAUAGCUCCGUAGCACCACAGGUGGUCCAAACAACUCUCCCCGGUGCCCGUUUGGAUGCUUUAAUCCUUUUUAUAACCUGCUGCCAAUUUACUUCCAGCUCAUUUUUCACUCCCUUUUCCACAAACCCACAUUCUAUCCAUAUGAGAUGAGAUGAUGAGAGAACUGCCUGCUGGCACUUAGGGAGGGGGCGUCUAGGGAGUCGGAGCUAGAAGACAAAUGGUAGCGAUGUAUUUACUGACGCCUGCGCUGUUGCUGCAGCGACUCUUACAGAUGGUCUGGUGAUGUCUGGGCACACAAAUCCGAUCUGAUCACUUGCAAAUAACAGCGCAGUCCUAAAGGUCCUAUUUGAGAAACAAAUCUGAUUUGCCUGCUGUCUGAAUAAAGCCCAUGUCUCAUCUCUGCCACGAGCUCAGCAGAUUUCUGAGAAAUCUCCACAGUGAUGAGUGCUGAAGACGGGACCAUAAACAAGCCAGUGAAAUCCUGGAGAUCACAAAGGUUCAGCUUAGAACUUUAUUUUUAUCCUGUUUUCCUUCUCAGAGUUCAGAGCGAGUGCUCAUUGAUCCUGAUCACAUGUGGCUCAGAGGUCUUUAUGAUUCACACCUGUUUAAACCUUCUGACACGAGUAUUAAUUAUUUUGAUCAAAGACGGCGUUCGGUGUGUGUGCUUUGAUGUUUCAUGCCAGCCGCGUGUCCUUUUUCAUAUCAUCUAUUUAUGCAAAUAUUUAUUUGAAAUUUUUACUGUGUUGAUAAUAUUUUUUUUUGCAUUAUAUGUGCUUGGAGCCUGUGCCGUUUAUUGGCCGUGACUGAAGGGGAAACCCUGAGUCUGACCCCACUGUCAGUGUUUCACCCCCCCACUCCCACCCCACAGGGGAAACCUGUCUUGAUUUAAGUCACUCUGCUGGUUUUCUUAAGCUUUUCCAACACAGUGUUCCUAAUAGAGACCAGGGGGUUGGUGACAGAGCUGCUUAAUGAGUGCAUCCUGUUUAACAUCAUCAGUAACUCUGUCAUUUAAUUUUAAGUAACCAAAGAAUUCCAAUCGCCAAACAGAGGAUCCCAAUUUUUUUGUAUGGCGGCGCCUUCACAUGACUUUCAGUCUUCAUAUUCUGUUUGUCACCAUGUAACGUGUCUCAGUGUGGUUAUAUAUGUGCGCCAAUAACUUUCAGGUUAAAAUGAAUGAUUUUGUUCUGCAUCUAAAACGAUACAAGAAAAGUUCAAUAAUAAUCAACACCUGUCCUUUAAGCUCCUUACCGUCCAUAUUUAAAUAACUGUCUUAUCAUUUUUACCCACUUAUCAUCAGUCUUUUCAAAGAAUAAUGCCGCAUCUCUCACCUGGAAACCAACAGAUGGAUUAAAGUUUUGCCAUCAGGUGCAUUUAGAUCACAGAGACAGAAACGUACUCCGAGCACGGAGUCAGCAAACUGAAUGAAUUGGGAUAGUGUGCGUUAUCUCACUUUCACUAGUCCUGUUUGCCUCGAUGAGCUGUAACUGCUGACCUCCAUUCAUGUGCAUUUCAGGACAGAUUAUGAGUGAAUGAAUGAAGAGAGUGCUGAGCUGACGCUAACUUCAGCGGCUUGGCCCGUAUCGAGGACAGGCGGGCGGGGUGGGGAGGGCGGCAGCAUCUGAUGCUCUUAAGAAGAUUUACUCUCCUUUUUUCACCCACUUUGUCUACAGUGGAGACUUUUUCGGUCUCAUUUGCUCUCUCUUCAUCGCCUCAUUCUCUCCUUUGUGCCAGCUGUCACAUCCUCCCUGGCAGCAAUGCUUCGACUGGACGCACAGCUCCAAAAAAGCAAGUAGUCAGUGCCAAGCUGGGUCCUAAUUUGAUGCUUUAAAGUCAUCAUCUUUUCCUGCUUUAGAAGCCUGAAAAUCUUAAAUCAACAACAGAGUUUUAAAGCUCACUGUCUUUAUUUAAUACAGGCUGGAACCACUGAGCUCUUAAAGGACUGCUGUUUCUGUUGCUUUGCUUUAACAUCUGUUUAAUAUUUAUGUCAUGUGGCUUCAUUAGUUAUUGUUGCCACAGAUGAGGCGUCCAGGAACCAGCCAACUCUAAAACCAAAGAAUUCUUGUUUAAGAACUCAUUUUACAUUUUAUUGAGACGUGAAUUUCUUAACUCCAGGGAGAGAUAAGGGAACAGCUGCUGGGUGUCGUUGCAUACGUUUUGUCCCUCUUAUGGGACAGCCUGUUAGGCUAGUGACACUGUAGGAGCCACAACCACACGGGCACGUAUGCUCUUAACUUUCUAUUCUUACCCCCAGCUAUAGGAACUAUAACCCGUCAUCCCAUGUGACGGAGAUGUUUGUGCCUGUCAGUCGGGCUCUGCUACAGUGAAAUCAUCUCUUUAACAUAGGCAGGUGAAGCUCAAAGACUAUAAUUAUUGUGGACAACAGCCAAUGCUACAACUUGGAGUCCAGACAAACUCUUCCUAUUGGAAUCCUUUUUACCUUAGACUAAAGUUACACAUAUACUGUACACCACGACCAUCUGGGAGUCCCAAACAGUUGAUUCUGUUCAUCUGGACAUAGUGGUGCUAGUUUCAGUCAUUAUGCAAAUAUAAGGCUGGGGAAACCUGCAGUCAGCUGAGACUGAAGAAGUCACCUGGAUGAUGACGAAACGUUUCUCCCACUAAAAACAUCCAGAUGAACAGAAUCAGCUUUUAUGGGAUUUACUUACCUGGAUGAUUGAGCAUGCAUCAACACAACCCCCUGGGUGCUUCAUGGUUGCUUUUUUCCACCCUAUCUCACACACACACACACACACACACAAAACCUCUGCAGAUGAAAAAUGAAGCCAAUGCUGCAGUUCUUCUGUUUGAGUGCUUGUAGACUGUGAUUAAAUGGCCCACUUAACAGCAGAUGUUUGUGUAUGUUUAAAGCCUGCCACAAAAGACUGUCUUGGUCUCUUGUUUGCCCCCCUGAGAGCUGCUCUGCAUGGGAUGAAGACUUUUAAACGUUAUUUGGGGAUAAUUAUUGGCUCGACUGCUUUGAUGCUGGUUUCACUUCCAGUAAUUGGGAGUCACUGAGCCAGACCUCUCGCCUGUGCUGUUGGUGCCUUUCAAAGAAUUUCCAGUGAAGUUUUCUGACAAAAAAAAGUUGUGAUUUAGCUGUGCAGCUUUUAAUCUUAAAUGUCCUUCUAAGAGUCUCCUCCAGUUUCCAGGUGCACCUUGUUAAUCAAGCACACUUGUGCAUGCACUUCUGCACUUCUGGCUCCGCCUGCACAGAGACUGCUGCGAUGCUUCAUUUAAGGCUUCAGAAUGUGAGUUUGCACCUUUAAGUGAGGUGGCUAAGUCAAUCUUUUCUACGCAUAUUGUAGAUGUGAUUGUGUGUUUAUGGCCCCUAGUUCAACAUGAGAAACAAGAAAACAUUAAACAAAAUUCAGUUUUAUUCUUUAUGUCUCUAACCUGAACCCUGAGGUGACAUCAUAAUGCAGAAUAUCAACAGCAUCGGGCGGUUGGAAGGUCGUGCUCUAAUUCCCGCUUCCUUCUUGCGGGGCUGCUACGUUGCAGCAUUAGCACGUCUCGCCACUCUGUUGUGUCUCAGCUGACUUUGCUGUCCCUCAGCCCCUCCCGGUGUCCCUGACCCGUCCCCAUUUGUCCCUGUUGUUCGAGGGCGAGCAGAACUGGACAGAUGUUGUGGGCCAUCAGUGUGAUCAACAAUAGUGAAGGGAAAGGAUUUAGCGGGUGUUAAAGCUGUGACAGUGUUUCCAUCGGCUGAUGUGUCAGAGUCAUGCAACAACUCUGCACCUCCAGUUUGUGCUGAUGGCGCCCGUGCUCCUGUAGGUGUUUACUCUGAUUGGUUCUCUGCUUUCAGUUUGCCCACGACAUUAUUUGUAACGCAGAGUCCACAGAUUAAUCUUUUGUCUGCGUUUUUGACUUUUACAGCCAACGUACAUUUGAAAUGUUGUGCUGAGAUUAAGAGAGCUUGAACCACAGUCGCUGUGGCUGCUGCACAGUGCAGCUCAUCACCAGAACAAACUUUAUCUGCACUCUAAGCAGAUUUAAUGCUCUUGGGUAUAACUCGCUGCUGACAAGAAACUGCAAAUCCGUCUACGUGUUCCACAAGUCUUUGUUUGAGUCUAAGCUCUUAUUGCUUUCUGAUUCAAGAUACUGACAGCUCCUCCUUCUCUCCAUUUACUGGGAAUUUCUAAUAUCGUUUCUACAAUUGAUUUACAGUAAAAUCAACACAUGGUGACUUUAUUGAGGGAUUACUGAUGGAAGAGGCAGUGACUUACUGCAUUCACUUUCCAGAGAUCAGAUUGAGCCGCGAAAAAAGAGAAAACAUUGUCUGGAGAACUCAGUAUACAUCUGAGUGAUUUGGCUGACAGUUUGAUGACCGACUCCCUUGUUGGUCUGAGAAAUGUACACAUAUCUAAGGCUUGAGCUUUCAGGGCAUCUGGGUGAUUGACUGUCUGAGAGCGUAGGAGUAAAAGCAGCUUUGACUAUUCUGUCGUUUUGUCUGACACGGAUGGCGAAAGUUUCUACGCGACCCAGACAUCUGACACAGUUUCCACAAUGAAAGGUCAUAUGACAGAGGAAGUCAUGAGAACAUAUAGAAACAGAAAAAUAUAAAAGAAUAAUCAAAUAAAAGGGAAAAUUCUCAAAGUUCUUAGAAAUGUGCUUUGCAGAAAUAUUGUGUCUGUAAAUGUUUGAAUCUGAUUAGUUUUUGAUUUUUGAAGGACAAUCAUGGGAAAAGUUUUGGGUUAUGUGUUACAUUGUCUUUAAAAAAAAGCAAAGUCAGGCUUUAUCAGAUUUUUGGGGCCAAGAUGAAGAAGACAGAAGACAGCAUAAAUUUGUCUUUAAGUCAUGGUCAUUAGAGUAGAAAUGAGAUUUGUUAUUUUCAUCUGCAUUUGUUUUUAUUUGGUUUCAUAGUUCUGGGACCUCCUCACUCUUCUGUAGGCAUAGAUUCAGUCAGGAGGAGCUGGGGUAGAGUGGGUUCCAAAGCAGCUUGCAGAUAUGCAGCAGAUGUGGGUGUAGAUAACACAUUCAACUGACAAAUCUGACACAGGGCGUGCCAUUUAUGCUGUUUGAGGAGUAAUCAGGAGAUGAUCAGAGGAAGAAAAACAUCAUUACUGCUCACAAAGACGAAGCCACUAAUAUGGUUUCUGGUGGUUAAUUUAACCAGUCAUUGGCAGUUGAAGCAUGCAGUCUUGCCACCAUCAUAUUUCCUGUGAAAAUGUUCAGUUUCUUCUACAUUGAUGGAAAAGAGGUCAAAGUUAAGCAGAUGUUGGCAUCAACGAACUUGAAGCUGUUAGAAAAAGUGCAUCUACUGUGUAAACUUGUGUUGAACUUAUCACUUGAAUCUGACGUUAACCAAACACAUCAGGUGUUCCAGAGACGAGGUGGUCUACAUAUAUUUUCUUUUUCUCAUUGAAGAUCAGUUAUGGCUACUUGUAAAACACGUGAUUGUCUUUAAGCCUAUAAAUGCUUACAAAGUAAACAAUCACCACCAGAGGAAAUGGUAAAUGGCUUUUGUUUGACUGAUGGCACAAAUAUAAAACACAACCUUCGGUGUCCCUGCAGAGGCUUUGUGAUGUGACUUCAGGCUCUCUGCUCGUUCACUCAGGUCGUUUUGUCCGUUUGCUUCCUUCACUGACCUCAAGAUGCUCUGCUGCCCGACCUGUGAGCGCCGGCUCUGCUAAUGUUGUGACUGUGAUUUCUAAAAGUGCAUUUUUUUCUGCUUUUGAUAUUAAAGAACAGCAGCUGUAAGAUUUUCUCCUGGUGUUUCUAACCUGCUCUGGCUUCUCUCUUCUGUCCCGAGCUCAGCUGUGUAACUGCUGUAAGUUGUAAAAGGCUUUGUCGGCAGGCUUGUCUGCUCCAUGUUGCAAAUUAAAAGCAGUUUGCCCCAAA